AUGUGGUCAAAAUUUGUUGGCCAACUAAAUCCAAUAUUUGGUGCAGCACAUUCUGUAACAUCAACGACACCUUUAAAAAUUACUGAGCGACUUUCUAGGAAAUCUAGUGUUGGAUCGCAAAAAGAUCCACGCGUAACAGAGGCUAGACGAAAGAGUAGUCUGUUGUAUGGUGUUGCACUAGGCAGUGAAAUCUCUGUACAAGAAAAGCUAUCGGAGAAACAAUUUUCACGCAAAACUGUUAGAAUCUCUGCUGAGCAACAACAAGAAUUAUGUUCACUCUUUCAACAAUGGCAGAACGCAUUGGAUGAAAAGGAACGUAGUGUUCUCCUAAUUGCAUUAUCACGUAAAUUUUUUGAAAAUUAUGUCGACGCUCCUGAAAUGGUGGGAGAGAGGUGA